AUGGAUAGGAGAACACCAUACUCGUUGAGCGUGCUCCAACCGCAAACGGAUGGGCUGGGGGAACCACGCACAAGAAUCCAGGCACAGUUACGGGAGUUCAUCUUGGCCUUCCAGCUGGAUAAUACAUUCAUUUACAGAGACCAAAUUCGACAGAAUGUGUUGAUCAAAAAGUACUAUUGCGAUGUUGAUAUCGCUCACCUCAUCGCAUACAACGAAGAACUAGCCCACAGGCUGACCACAGACCCGGCAGACACAAUCCCACUUUUUGAAGCCGCUCUCAAACAAUGUACUCAAAGAAUCGUGUACCCAUCCGAACGAGAUAUCGAACUCCCUGAACACCAACUCCUGCUCCACUCGAGUGUAUCGCAUAUCACUAUUCGAGAGCUGAAUGCCACCAAUAUAUCUCAUUUGGUCCGGAUCCCAGGUAUUGUUAUAGGAGCGUCUACAAUAUCAUCUAAAGCUACUCGUCUACACAUAACCUGUAAGAACUGCGGGGAACGUGAAAAUAUCAUUAUCGACGGCGGAUUCUCAGGUAUCACUCUCCCAAGGCAAUGCAAGCGCCCUAGAGAAAAGGACCAGGACCCAUGCCCUCUCGAUCCGUACGUGAUAGAGCACGAAAAAUCCCAGUUCGUUGAUCAGCAGGUGCUCAAGCUGCAGGAAGCGCCUGACCAAGUGCCUGUCGGAGAACUUCCUCGACAUAUCCUCAUAUCUGCAGAUAGAUAUCUUGCCAAUCGUGUCGUCCCUGGUUCAAGGUGUACUGUUAUGGGGGUGUUUUCAAUUUAUCAAGCCAAGGGCAGCAAAAACGCAACUAAAAGCGCCGUCGCUAUUCGAAACCCAUAUCUUCGUGCGGUUGGGAUAAGUACUGAUGUAGACCACACUGCCAAAGGCAAUUCUGUCUUCUCAGAUGAAGAGGAGCAGGAAUUCUUGGAAAUGAGCAGACGUCCAGAUCUCUACCAGGUCUUCGCUGAUUGCAUCGCUCCUUCAAUUUAUGGAAAUCAAGAUAUUAAAAAGGCGAUAGCUUGUCUCCUCAUGGGUGGAUCGAAGAAAAUCCUCCCUGACGGCAUGAAGCUUCGAGGAGAUAUCAAUGUGCUGUUACUAGGUGAUCCUGGUACCGCUAAGUCCCAAUUGUUGAAAUUCGUGGAAAAGGUGUCUCCAAUUGCCAUCUACACUUCUGGCAAAGGCUCGUCAGCUGCUGGUCUUACUGCCUCCGUCCAGCGGGACACCACGACCCGUGAAUUCUAUCUCGAGGGCGGUGCAAUGGUACUUGCAGAUGGUGGCGUUGUCUGUAUCGAUGAAUUUGACAAGAUGAGAGACGAAGAUCGAGUCGCCAUCCACGAAGCUAUGGAACAGCAGACCAUUUCCAUUGCAAAAGCUGGUAUUACCACCAUACUCAAUUCUAGAACGUCCGUUCUCGCAGCUGCAAAUCCAAUCUUCGGACGAUAUGAUGAUUUGAAAACGCCGGGCGAAAAUAUCGAUUUUCAAACUACCAUCCUGUCCCGAUUUGAUAUGAUAUUUAUUGUCAGAGACGAGCAUGAAAAAGGCCGUGAUGAAAGAGUUGCCAGACAUGUUAUGGGCAUACACAUGGGUGGGAGAGGAGUAGAAGAACAGGUUGAAGCGGAGAUCCCAGUUGAAAAAAUGAAGAGAUACAUUAGCUACUGUAAAUCACGCUGCGCUCCACGACUCUCCCCAGAAGCCGCAGAAAAGCUUUCCUCGCACUUCGUCUCGAUCCGCAAGCAAGUACACAAAGCUGAACUAGAUGCCAACGCCCGCUCCUCAAUUCCCAUCACAGUCCGCCAGCUCGAAGCCAUCAUUCGCAUCAGCGAAUCCCUCGCAAAACUUACCCUCUCCCCCAUCGCGACGGAAGAGCAUGUCGAUGAGGCCAUCCGACUCUUCCUCGCCUCUACCAUGGAUGCUGUCACGCACGGUGAAGGCCAAGGUAGCAAAGAGCUACUGGCAGAGGUUGGCAAAGUUGAAGACGAGCUGAAACGGCGGCUACCGAUUGGAUGGAGUACGAGCUUGGCUACGCUGCGGAGGGAAUUUGUGGAUGGACGAAAUUACAGCGAGCAGGCAUUGAAUCGGGCCUUGCUUAUUCUCCAACGACGGGAAACGAUACAAUUUUGA